AUGUCUAAACUUGAUGAUGAUCUAGUAGCACUAAAUAAGAAUAUUGAAAAUGAUUUAGUAGCAACUUGGACAGUUCCAAUGAGUGACAAAGUUUAUAAAAUAGAAUUUGACCAUGGAACAACAACGGGAAAAAGAAUUUUGAGGGUUAAUGGAAAGGUCAAUAUUGAAGCUGUAGGCAUUUUUGCUUACGAAUAUACGCUUCAGGUCGGAGGGAAAACUUAUGAAAAAUUUCGAGAACAACAAAAGAAGGCUUUACAGGUGUUUAAGUAUAAAUAUAGCUAA